GGGAGAGGAGGGCUCACACUGCUGCUCUGGGCAGGCGAGAGAGCGCAGGCUUGGCCACCUCAUCCAGUGUGACGGCAAAGGGUCGCUCUAAAAAUUGCUGCCGCUGGGACUUGUCAGGUGGCUGCUGGUGGCUCCCCACCGGAUUUUCCUUCUCCCUUUCUCUCCCCACAGAUCGCUUCCCAAGAGGAGUCUGCUGCUGAAACUUCAUCAUCACAAGUCGGGGACACCACUUCACGCAGGAGGCAAGCUCUUGCCUGUGACACUGUGUUUGCCAACAUGGCCCCCAAAAAGAAGACUGUCCGAAAGAACAAAGGGGAUAUCAAUGAGAUGACCAUAAUUGUAGAAGACAGCCCCCUAAACAAACUAAAUGCUCUGAAUGGGCUUCUAGAGGGAGGCAAUGGCCUUAGCUGCAUUUCUUCUGAAUUAACAGAUGCUUCUUAUGGCCCCAACCUCUUGGAAGGUUUAAGUAAAAUGCGGCAGGAGAGCUUCCUUUGUGACUUAGUCAUUGGCACCAAAACCAAAUCCUUUGACGUUCACAAGUCAGUGAUGGCUUCAUGCAGUGAGUACUUUUACAACAUCCUCAAAAAAGACCCAUCUACUCAAAGGGUGGAUCUCAACGAUAUCUCACCGCUAGGCCUGGCCACUGUCAUCGCGUAUGCCUACACCGGAAAACUGACUCUCUCCUUGUAUACAAUAGGAAGCAUUAUUUCUGCUGCUGUUUAUCUUCAGAUCCAUACUCUUGUAAAGAUGUGCAGUGAUUUUCUGGUACAAGAGAUGAGUGUUGAGAAUUGCAUGUACGUUGCUAACAUUGCUGAAACAUACUCCCUGAAAAAUGCAAAGGCAGCAGCCCAAAAAUUUAUCCGGGAUAACUUCCUGGAAUUUGCAGAAUCAGAUCAGUUUAUGAAACUUACAUUUGAGCAAAUUAACGAACUUCUUAUAGAUGAUGACUUACAGUUGCCUUCUGAAAUAGUAGCAUUCCAGAUUGCAAUGAAAUGGUUAGAAUUUGACCAAAAGAGAGUGAAAUUUGCUGCAGACCUUUUGAGCAAUAUUCGCUUUGGUACCAUCUCUGCCCAAGACCUGGUCAAUUAUGUUCAGUCUGUACCCAGAAUGAUGCAAGAUGCUGAUUGUCACAAACUUCUUGUAGAUGCUAUGAACUACCACUUACUUCCGUAUCAUCAAAACACAUUGCAGUCUAGGCGCACGAGAAUCCGAGGGGGCUGUCGGGUCCUCGUCACUGUUGGGGGACGUCCAGGCCUUACUGAGAAGUCCCUUAGUAGAGACAUCUUGUACAGAGACCCUGAAAAUGGAUGGUGCAAGCUUACAGAAAUGCCAGCCAAGAGUUUUAAUCAGUGUGUGGCUGUGAUGGACGGAUUUCUUUAUGUGGCCGGUGGUGAAGACCAGAAUGAUGCAAGAAAUCAAGCCAAGCAUGCAGUCAGCAAUUUCUGCAGAUACGAUCCCCGCUUCAACACCUGGAUACACCUGGCCAGCAUGAACCAGAAGCGCACGCACUUCAGCCUGAGCGUGUUCAACGGGCUCCUUUACGCCGUGGGCGGCCGCAACACGGAAGGCAGCCUGGCCUCGCUGGAGUGCUACGUGCCCUCCACCAAUCAGUGGCAGCCGAAGACGCCCCUGGAGGUGGCGCGCUGCUGCCACGCCAGCGCGGUCACCGACGGCCGCGUGCUGGUGACCGGCGGCUACAUCGGCGCCGCGUACUCGCGCUCCGUGUGCGCCUACGACCCGGCCAGCGACGCGUGGCAGGAGCUGCCGGGGCUGAGCACGCCCCGCGGCUGGCACUGCGCCGUCGCGCUGGGCGACAGGGUGUAUGUGAUGGGGGGCAGCCAGCUGGGGCCGCGCGGGGAGCGCGUGGACGUGCUGCCGGUGGAGAGCUACAGCGCGGCCAGCGGCCAGUGGAGCUACGCGGCGCCGCUGCAGGUGGGCGUGAGCACCGCGGGCGCCUCGGCGCUGCACGGGCGCGCCUACCUGGUGGGCGGCUGGAACGAGGGCGAGAAGAAGUACAAGAAGUGCAUCCAGUGCUUCAGCCCCGAGCUCAACGAGUGGACGGAGGACGACGAGCUGCCCGAGGCCACCGUGGGCGUGUCCUGCUGUACCCUCUCCAUGCCCAACAGGGUGACCCGGGAAUCACGAGCCAGCUCGGUGUCCUCGGUGCCAGUCAGUAUCUGAACCCGGGUGGAUGCGGGGACGCAGGAAGAACCAAUAUUUAUUCGUGGUUAACCUUCGACUUAGCGAAAAGGAAAAUAUAUAACAUUUACUACAAUGAUGGUAUUUUAAAAUAUAUCGAGGCAUAUGUCUUGAUGGUUUUAAA